CUGACGUCCCUUCCUCCCCGACCCCUCCACUACCUCCCUCCACCGCCGCCCGGGCCGGCUCCGCGCCCCCUCCCGCCAGCCCGCCUGCCCGCUGCCCUCAUGACACCCGGAGCCCCCACUGCGUGGAGCCACUAGGACCCUCGGCGUCCCUUCCCCUCCCCCCGCCCUGCCUCCUCUCCCACGACGCGGACCCGGGCGUCCUCAGCGCCCAGCUUUUGAGCUCGCGCCCCCAGGCCGGCGGGGGGGGAGGGGACGAGAGGGGACACCCCCCCUGGACCCCCGCCCCCCCCACCCGGCCGACCCCGGGACCCGGAGAAGAUGUCUUCGCGGACGGCGCUGGCUCCCGGCAACGAUCGGAACUCGGACACGCAUGGCACCUUGGGCAGUGGCCGCUCCUCGGACAAAGGGCCCUCCUGGUCCACCCGCUCCCUGGGCGCCCGCUGCCGGAACUCUAUCGCCUCCUGCCCAGAGGAACAACCCCACGUGGGCAACUACCGCCUGCUGAGGACCAUCGGGAAGGGCAACUUCGCCAAGGUCAAGCUCGCUCGGCACAUCCUCACGGGCCGGGAGGUGGCCAUCAAGAUCAUUGACAAAACCCAGCUCAACCCCAGCAGCCUGCAGAAGCUCUUCCGAGAAGUUCGCAUAAUGAAGGGCCUCAACCACCCCAAUAUCGUGAAGCUCUUCGAGGUGAUCGAGACCGAGAAGACGCUGUACCUGGUGAUGGAAUAUGCAAGUGCCGGAGAAGUGUUUGACUACCUCGUGUCGCACGGCCGCAUGAAGGAGAAGGAAGCUCGAGCCAAGUUCCGACAGAUUGUAUCGGCUGUGCACUAUUGCCAUCAGAAAAACAUUGUACAUAGGGACCUGAAGGCCGAGAACCUCUUGCUGGACGCUGAGGCCAACAUCAAGAUCGCCGACUUCGGCUUCAGCAACGAGUUCACACUGGGCUCGAAGCUGGACACGUUCUGUGGGAGCCCCCCGUAUGCCGCCCCCGAGCUCUUCCAGGGCAAGAAGUACGACGGGCCGGAGGUGGACAUCUGGAGCCUCGGCGUCAUCCUGUACACGCUCGUCAGCGGCUCCCUGCCCUUCGACGGGCACAACCUCAAGGAGCUGCGGGAGCGUGUCCUCCGAGGGAAGUACCGGGUCCCCUUCUACAUGUCCACUGACUGUGAGAGCAUCCUGCGGAGAUUUUUGGUGCUGAACCCAGCAAAACGCUGCACUCUUGAGCAAAUCAUGAAAGACAAAUGGAUCAACAUCGGGUAUGAAGGUGAAGAGUUGAAGCCAUACACAGAGCCCGAGGAGGACUUUGGGGACACCAAGCGGAUCGAGGUGAUGGUGGGCAUGGGCUACACUCGGGAAGAAAUCAAAGAGGCCUUGACCAGCCAGAAGUACAACGAAGUGACUGCCACCUACCUCCUGCUGGGCAGGAAGACUGAGGAGGGUGGGGACCGGGGUGGCCCAGGACUGGCCCUGGCACGGGUGCGGGCGCCCAGCGACACUACCAACGGGACAAGCUCCAGCAAAGGUGCCAGUCACAGCAAGGGGCAGCGGACAGCAUCCUCCACCUACCACCGCCAGCGUCGGCACAGCGACUUCUGUGGCCCUUCCCCCACACCCCUGCACCCCAAGCGCAGCCCGACCAGCACAGGGGAGACGGAGCUGAAGGAGGAGCGCCUGCCCGGCCGGAAGGCGAGCUGCAGCGCCACGGGGAGCGGGAGUCGGGGGCUGCCCCCCUCCAGCCCCAUGGUCAGCAGCGCCCACAACCCCAACAAGGCUGAGAUCCCAGAGCGGCGGAAGGACAGCACGAGCACCCCUAACAACCUCCCUCCCAGCAUGAUGACCCGCAGAAACACCUACGUUUGCACAGAACGCCCGGGAGCUGAGCGCCCGUCCUUGUUGCCAAAUGGCAAAGAAAACAGCUCUGGCACUCCGCGGGUGCCCCCCGCCUCCCCCUCAAGUCACAGCCUGGCUCCCCCAUCGGGGGAGCGGAGCCGCCUGGCCCGCGGCUCCACCAUCCGCAGCACCUUUCACGGUGGCCAGGUCCGGGACCGUCGGGCAGGGAGCGGGGGAGGCGGGGGAGUGCAGAACGGACCCCCUGCCUCACCCACACUGGCCCACGAGGCCGCUCCCCUGCCCACUGGGCGGCCCCGCCCCACCACCAACCUCUUCACCAAGCUGACCUCCAAACUGACCCGAAGGGUUACCCUCGAUCCCUCUAAACGGCAGAACUCUAACCGCUGUGUCUCGGGCGCCUCUCUGCCCCAGGGAUCCAAAAUCAGGUCGCAGACGAACCUGAGAGAAUCGGGGGACCUGAGGUCACAAGUUGCCAUCUACCUUGGGAUCAAGCGGAAACCGCCCCCCGGCUGCUCCGAUUCCCCUGGAGUGUGAAGCUGACCAGCUCGCGUCCUCCCGAGGCCCUGAUGGCCGCCCUGCGCCAGGCCACGGCGGCUGCCCGCUGCCGCUGCCGCCAGCCACAGCCGUACCUGCUGGCCUGCCUGCACGGGGGUGCGGGCGGGCCCGAGCCCCUGUCCCACUUCGAAGUGGAGGUCUGCCAGCUGCCCCGGCCCGGCCUGCGGGGCGUCCUCUUCCGCCGAGUGGCCGGCACCGCCCUGGCCUUCCGCACCCUCGUCACCCGCAUCUCCAAUGACCUCGAGCUCUGAGACGCUGCGGCCCCGGGCCCCCUUCUUCUUCCUCCCUCGUGGCCCCCGUCACUUCUGCAGGAGGGGACAGGGACAGGGGCGGUAGUGAGGGAGCUGUCCCUCCACCAUGGCCUCCUUUUCCCUGAAGGAGAUCUGGGGGCAGAG